CGUUUUCUUCAGCUGCAACUUCUCGCUAUCACUCAGUUCAGUGUCUGUAGUAGAGGAUAGAGAUCCUUUCAGAAAGGGAAACCUAGGGUUAGGGUUUUCGUUUUGGUGCAGAGCCAUGGAAGCCGCAGUUGUUGACCCGGGCUCCAGCAUCCUCAAAGCCGGUUUUGCAAUUCCCGACCAAACUCCCGCCAUGAUAAUUCCCACCCAGAUGAAACGAAUGCUUGAUGAUGGGUCAGUGACGGAUAACCCGGCAGUUGAUGACGUUGCCAUCGAUCCGGUGUACCGAGGUUAUAUCAGAGAUUGGGAUGCCAUGGAGGAUUUGCUACAUUAUGUGUUGUAUACUGGUCUUGGAUGGGAAAUAGGCAAUGAAGGACAAAUACUGUUCACGGAUCCGCUUUGUACCCCAAAGGCUAACAAGGAACAGUUAGUGCAACUGAUGUUUGAAACAUUCAACAUAUCUGGAUUUUAUGCCUCUGAACAAGCAGUGCUGUCGCUAUAUGCUGUUGGACGUAUCUCUGGAUGCACAGUUGAUAUUGGUCAUGGAAAAAUAGAUAUUGCACCGGUGAUUGAGGGUGCUGUUAACCAUAUUGCCUCAAGAAGAUUUGAGUUUGGAGGUAUUGAUCUAACUAAUUUCCUGGCCCAAGAACUUGGCAAAUCCAAUCCACUGGUGAAUAUCAGCAUCUCUGAUGUUGAGAAAAUAAAACAGCAAUACUCGUGUUGUGCUGAAGAUGAAUUAGCUUAUCAGAAUACCCAAAAUUCUUGUCCUGUGGAGACUCAUACUCUUCCUGAUGGACAGGUGAUAACAAUUGGAAGAGAAAGAUAUACUGUUGGUGAAGCUUUAUUCCAGCCAUGUCUAUUGGGUUUAGAGGCUCAUGGCAUUGUUGAGCAGCUUGUCCGUACUAUUUCAACUGUGUCAUCUGAUAAUCAUAGGCAACUUCUGGAAAAUACUGUGGUUUGCGGUGGCACUUCUUCUAUGAUUGGUUUUGAAGAGAGGUUUCAGAAGGAAUCUUCCUUAAGUUCAUCUGCUGUUCGACCAACUUUGGUUAAGCCUCCAGAAUACAUGCCAGAAAAUAUAACUACGUAUUCUGCAUGGGUGGGAGGUGCCAUACUUGCCAAAGUAGUUUUUCCUCAAAAUCAGCAUGUGACCAAGGCGGAGUAUGAUGAAACUGGGCCUUCCAUUGUUCACCGGAAAUGCUUUUGAUGGAAUUCAUAUGCAUGAUCUCCUCAAGCAGCCAGUUUCUUUACACCUGUAUCAGUACAUGUGAUAGGCCCUCAUUUGACUUUAGAUUCUAAAUGCUAGUCUUGCUAGAUGUUCAGGUACUUGUGGGAAUUUAAAAACUGUAGUGGAUCUCCAUUAACUAAAUGCAAUUGUAUCGGGUGUCCCAGGCACUACAAGUAGAUGAUUUCAGUUAAGCAUUGUUAUGAUAGAAUCGUAUAUAGAUAUGCUGCAGCAAUAAUAACAUUAUCAUUGUAAUGAGCAAGCCUGCGAGAGUUGAGUUUGGUCCUCGGUGACUACUUGCACAGAUUUUCUGCACCGCUUCUAUUAUAGCAUAUAACUAAUUUUUAC